UUAAACUACACAUACUUUAAAAAUUUUAAUCAAACAAAAUUUAAAAUGAAACCACGUAGCAUUCGUUGUAUGAAAUUCUUUCUGACUCUGUUUAAUAUCAUUUUUAUUUUCUUCGGUCUUGUGCUGAUGGCGAUAUGCGUCAUCAACAUGCGAGAGAAGAAGUCUCGUCAAGAGAAUCAGUCGGCUCUGUCUCGUGCCGUUUUGUCCUUCCUUCUCACUUUGGGUCUCGGUCUACUGGUCACAGCUAUUCUUGGAUGUAUUGGUGCUUUGAGGGAGAACAUCAAGAUUCUUUAUGUGCACGCCUGUUUCUUGAUAUUCCUCUUAUCUGUGGAAGUAUUGGUGGGUGUCGGAGGCGCCGUCUUGAGCGCCUGGAUGGGAGGUGGAAACGAGUUAAGGGUUCAGUUCUAUAGGAACUCUACUGCUGAUGAUCAGGGUGGUGAUCAGCAAGCUCUUUGGGAUCAUUUACAGUCUGAGAACCAAUGCUGUGGCGUCGAUGGGCCCCAAGACUAUGCUAUUAUACAUCUUGAAAUACCAGAUUCUUGCUGCUCCCGAGCGCAUCCACUAAGACAGGGUGGAGCAAGACGCCAACUGCAUUCCACUUGCCUUGCUGAGAGGUCCUAUUACAAGACGGGGUGUGAGGAAGCGUUGAGGGAAAAGAAGGCUCUUAAAGGGAAUAUUUUUAUAAGCACUGGUAUAAUAUUCACCUUGUUUGAGGUCGUCUGUAUAAUACUGGCAAUUUUCACGGCAAGAGGUGUAGCGACCGAGCGUCGGAAGCUUCAACAAACACUGCAGGCCCAUUUCGAAAAUUAAUUUUGACCCUCACAUAAUCGAACUAAAUCAUUUUAAUUCAUCACCUACACACUUAGUUCACAUGUUUCCGAUUUAAGUCUAUACUUUACAUAUUAAGAACACAAAUAUAAUGAUAAAAUGAGAACUAGCUGUAUUCUGUGAUAAACAAGUAGAGGAUUUAUUUAAUUAGUAAGUCUUUAUUGUAUGCCUUCAUAAUUGUUUUCACCAAAAACAUAUAGGUUUUAGUUCUCGAAUGUUCGAGAAAACUGGUGUAUUUAUGUAGAGAAUAGUACAAACAUGCCUACGGGACGCCCAAUAAGAAAUCACAGCCUAAAUCAUUUUAGUGGCCGCGUUGCGGACAUCUGCUAUGUGACGGCGAUCAAUAUAUCUUCUUCUAAAUAUAUAUAAAUUACGUGUCAAGUUGUAUGUCCACUGUGGACUCCUUAACUACGAACCAAUAUCAAUCAAACUUGCACACCGUGUGCAGUUU